AUCAUCACUGGCAACCUCGCAGCACCCGAAAGCUCCCAUCAAAUCCCAGCUGUAGCCGUCAACCAACCGAUCCUCCCAUCUCCCCCAUCCCGAUCCCAACUCCAAUCGUCAGAGCUCCCGAACGUCUCGCCUCUCUCACAUCCAAACACAUAACCUCAAAAUGUUCCGCACAGCAGUCCUCCGUUCCGCGGCCGCCGCCACGCGCGCCAUCCGUCCCGCCGUCCAGCAGUCCGCUCCCCUCGCCCGGAGAUCCCUCGUCGCGCCCCAAGCUGCCUUCCGCGCCGCUCCCAAGGCCAUUUCCGUUCGCAUGUACUCUGCCGCCACCGGCCUGAACAAGCAGGAGGUUGAGGGCCGCAUCUUUGCUCUGCUCCAGGGUUUCGACAAGGUCAACGACCCGGCCAACAUCAAGUCCAACGCCCACUUCGCCAACGACCUCGGCUUGGACAGCUUGGACACCGUCGAGGUUGUCAUGGCCAUUGAGGAGGAGUUCAGCAUUGAGAUUCCCGACAAGGACGCCGACACCAUCCACUCAAUCGACAAGGCGGUCGAGUACAUUGUUAGCCAGCCCGAUGCCCACUAAAUAUCCCCAUCCCAUUCCUCCACUGAAUCCGUCUCCCCGGCGGUCUGUACAAUAAUCUGCCCUCCCCGGGGCAUCUCGACCACGCCACUCGCAACUAGAACGGGAGGGAAACGAAAGACGCUGCGUCUGUGCUCUUGAGGAACUCUUUGUUUUCGGGAUUUGGGGGCCAAAAAAGAGGGACGGAGAGAGAGAGAGAGAGAGCGCGAGAGGCAUACCGGCUUAUCUUUGUGGGUGGACGGUUUCGUACCAUAGCCCACGGCGCGGCCUCCGCGCCAAAACGGCAUGCCGACAUGAUCUGGAGUUGGACAUUCUCUGGGCCCUGUUGACGUUUGCCUUGUAUUAGUGUAUAGAUUUUCGUCACCCAUUGGCGGGUUUUUCGUCGUGACUGUUCACCUUACUUUUGCGUCCGUCCCAGCCGUCUGUCAACUCAAUCCGCUUGGUCUCCGCAGUCUUCAAGAGGGUAUCGGAAUAGCUCGGGAUCGUCAGAUACAGCGGGCGGAAUGCAGGCCGGCCGAGUGCUCACCCGAGCUUACCACGGCAAAAGUCAAACCGUGUUGUGUUUAUUACGCAAACAAAAGGUGUCACACGUAUUGCCUCGAAACUAUGGUGCAUUAAAUUCAACAACAGAUAAUAAUACCAUUCGUAC